GGUGGCGGGUAUUUCGCGGCGUCGCUACGUGGAGGGUUUAGCGCCGCGGCGGCAGGCGGCGUGUUGUCGUCCCGCUUCGCGUUUGAUGAUGUCACGUGACCCACGCUAACCGCCAUCUUUGCUUAUCGUAUAAACAGUGCGACCGGGCUCCGCGCGAAUUCUCUUGGAAAAUCCGUGGUUUUCCUGUGUUAUUGAGUGAUUCCCGCGCGAUAAAAUGUCCGAUAUUAAGGCGGAGACUAAGAACGACAACAACGUCGAGGAUGUGUCUAAGGAUCAGUCGCCAGAGGAGAAACCAACUCCUACAAAAAACAGACGCGGCGGUACUAAGAGACUCUCGACCCUUGAAAGGACGACCCAGGAAGGCGAAGCUAUUCUGAAGGGUUUAAACACAUCAGUCGGUGAAGUAGAAGGUAGAAGACGUACGCGUAGUUCAGCACGGGGUUUGGCACCGUCGACGCCAGCCCCAUCACCACCAAAAAAGGAUAAAAGGGACACCUCGUCAAAAGGUACUGGACGCGGACGCGGACGUCCAAAGAGGCAAGAAAAGAAUAAUGAAAAUAAUACCGACGAGGAACCGACUAAUAACAAGAACGAGAAGCAUUCCGAGGAGGAGUCCGCGAAGAUGGAAGUGGACGAUACCAAGGAAGACAAAGACGUGAAACCAGUCGAGAACGAGGAGAAGCAUGCCGAUGAUACAGAGAGUAAAGAUGUUGCGGAAAAGACGCCCGAGACAAAUUCCAAGGACGAGAAGACGAAGGAAGAAUCCGAAAGCUCUGCGGAAGACGUAAAGAGCGUGAGCGCCAACGACGAGAAGAAGGACGCGGAGGUUAAGGACAGCUCGGACUCGAGUCAAGACGCGACGGACACAGCUGCGGAAGCGCCACCUUCAUCGUCUUCCUCAUCGGAGUCUCAAAAUGCUUCAACCACCACUCCCACUGAGGAAAAGAAAGAAUAACCUCUCUCCGCCAUCUUUACCGCGACUCUCAUCAGGUACCAAGGUUGGCGCACACAGCGGGGUUCACAAAUCCAGCCCCUCGUCUAUUUUAACUAAUUGACACCUUCUUGUUAAUCGUCAUUCUAAUCAGCGCAUCCGAGUCACAAUUUGUAUAUCUAGUAAACAUGCGCCGGGAACUGAGCAUCUUGAGAAGCGGUCGUUGUCGAUGUUUACUCGUACUAUUUUACCUAUUUUUUCUUAUUAUUUUCGGAACGGAUGCGUUGCUUUAAGUAUCGUGUGGUGUGUGUAUAUGUAUAUACACAGGACAUAUAUAUAUAUAUAUACCUUUCUUGUUUUUCUUCUUCGUACCAUUUAAUAUCUCAAAGUCAGUCUGACUGCGACGGGGUGGAUUAAUAAUAAUGGCUACUCGACGAAUGGCGCUGGUUAGCCGGCGAUGGCAAAACAGGUGUAGAGCAUACGUUGUUCAUGUACAAUGAUAAUAUUAUUGUAAAAUAUAUUUAAUAUGGACUUAUAUAGAAUGGUUGGUUUCAAAUCAGAGCUGAGCUUUAUGGGAGUCUCCGCUGUCUUUCGGACUGGGCUUACGUAUUCAGGUCUGAUAUGAAAGUAACUGGAAUUAAAUCGUAAAUAGAAAAUUACUGUAAUACCUUACUUAUAUAAAUAACGAUUGAAUGAAAUGGAAUAUAUGAGAAUUUAUGGUGAAUUGAUUUUCUCUUUUUCAAUGGAGUGUGCAGAAAUAAAAUUUCUGAUAAACGCGUUUCUUUCGAACUGAAACCCCAAUUAAUAUACGACCUUCCUCGUUUUACUUUAUAAUCUUUAUCAUCGUUUUAUAUCUCAUUUACUCGCGUUAUUGUUAUUAAUAUCGCUUUGGCAAAGUCCUCCAAUAAUUUUGCGACCGCUUACACUCGUUUGUCUUCGUUUCUCCUGUUGCGUUUUAUUUUCCAAAAUAUCGAAUUAAGAAUUCUUGGGGUAUACCUUAUUUGUAAUCGCAUCUCAAAUUGGUACAGGCGGAUGUUCCAUGAUCUUUGAAAUGGACCAUCAAUAUUUUCUCUCCAAGAUCAAUCUUCAUGUCCGACUGUGAUCCGCGUAGGAGCGAGCGAUUAAAGAAAAAAAGAACAAAGAAACACCUAUGUAAAUUGAUAAGCGCCAACGACUUCUGCGAAACCUUGUAUUUUGUUUAUUAACUGGUCCAAUAUUAAAUAUGUUAAUAUUAUUGUGUAUUUGAACGGUUGUGAGUGUACAGAUAGAUAUUACGAUUGAUGCACUAUAUUAAUUAGUAAAGGCAAGAGAAGGUAAAGGUUCGAAGGAAAAGAAAAAAAAAAAGAUACCCAUAC